AUGCAGCGCCUGCGUUCUAUGACCAGGUUCUAUCAUGCGGCUCCUGCUUACUGGCCUCAGGGCUUCAAAACUCUCCCGUUUGAGAACCCGCAUCUCGAGAUGCCGGGUUUCAACGUCCCAUUGAAUCUUUAUCCCACGCGAGAUGGGAUGAAGGACUGGACACGCGGAUUUGCAAAUGCCUUAGAUCCGAGCCAUUGCGAUGAGGGCUAUAUGGAUCAACUUGUUACCCGCAGAGAAAUCCUGAUGAUGCGAGUGAUGAACACUAUUACUGAUAAACCCUCGUGGGAUCGAAAGGUUUUCGACGAGCAGAUAACUGCCAAAUGGCGUGCAGAGAUCUCUCAAAGCGGUCAGGAUGUGUCCUCCAAGAUGAUGGAUUGGAUUAUCAAAGAGCUACAAUGGAAAGCAGGAAUUUAUCAAGAACGAGGAACCAUCCAAGUCUUCGAUUCCGGCGUGGUCAAGUCUGAUGCUGUGAUCUCUCAACAAGUCCAACAGUCUUUGAAGGACGCUGUCAGCCCUCUGGAGAACAUACCCGAAAAGGAUUACCACCCGGGCUCUGAUCAGAAAGUCGUUAACCUGGUGCACCCUUCGCUUUUCCCGGUUAUUAGCGGUCGAACCCGUGUCUUGCCAGACCGUGUCAUUGGCCUGAAUGACUGCCUAAACAACAUGGGAGAAGGCAGCCUGAUACCGACCCCAUCAGAGGAGCACUCAAAAAUUCCAUUCGAGAAUAGUGAGGGGGUGGAAGUACUGAGCCGGAAAUUCCAAUGGCUCCCCUGCGACGUUGAACUCACAAAGAAUAACGGUGCUCAAAUCCUAUCGUACAUCAACAACGCUCAUCCUAUCAAACACCGAGCACUAUACGAAGUCAUUGAAAAGAUUAUUGCGCAAACUAUCCCCCUGUGGGAUAUGAGUCUGACAGAUAGACACGAUCACAUACGCGAACAGAGAAUCGAGUUCAAGGGGGUGGAGUACGGUGAAGCUCCCGGGCCGUCUCCAAAGGAGCCGAUGGGAGACAGCCACGAGGAAUGGGAUAAACAUUUGGAAGACGAUUGGGCUUAUUUGCGUUCCAGACCAAUCAAGCAGCCCGAACCGGGCGAGUUCAAUACUCAGUACAUACUGAAAUAUAACGAGAAUCCUGUCAACCUGCGAGAGGAUUUCAAGAACCAGAGACUUCAGGUGAUUGUAAAGCUGGCGAAUAUCGAGCUCACACCGGAAAAGCCUGACUACGAGGGUGGCACCUGGCAUAUAGAGGGUCAAUUGAAUGAACGAAUCUGCGCAUCAGCAAUAUACUACUACGAUAGCGCCAACAUCACAGAGAGCACAUUAUCUUUUCGCCACCGAGGCAUGGAUGAUUUCUCUAUCAGCUACGACCAAGAACUCCACGAAUUCCUGCAAGUCAUUUAUGGUUUCUUACCCGAAGUCAAGAGUGGAUACCCUAGAAGCAACAUAACCCAGCUCGAUGGAAGCGUGAUCUGCAAAGAAGGUCGCUUGAUCACGUUUCCAAAUACCUUGCAGCACCGCGUCUCUCCGUUUUCACUGGCUGACCGGACUAAACCCGGACAUAGGAAGAUCCUUGCACUGUUUCUCGUGGAUCCCCAUCGGCGGAUCAUCUCGUCAGCGAACGUUCCACCACAAAGAAAAGAUUGGAGGGAUGAUGAAGGCGAUUCAGAGACGGAUGGGUUGAUGUCGAUGAAUGAGGCGAGGCAAUAUAGGCUUUCGCUUAUGGAAGAGCGAAGUAUUCAGAAAGAGAAGGAUAACAGUCAUUUUGAGGAAGGGGAAUUCAACCUUUGUGAACAUUAG